AUGGCGGCGACUCUGGGGCAAAUCUGUGCUCUGGUGCUGGUGGCGCUGCUGUGGGGCGGCUCCAAUCCGCUGCUGAAGAGGGCCACGGGGAAAAUGGAGCCUGUGCAGGAGGGGAACCGACUGGUGCAAUUGCUUCGGGAGACCAAGUCCUUGUUUUUCAACUACCAGUAUCUGGUGCCCCUUUGCCUCAACCAGUGUGGCUCCCUGAUCUACUACCUCACCCUGGCAUCAACAGAUCUGUCCCUGGCUGUGCCCAUCAGUAAUUCCCUGGCUCUUGUUGUCACCCUGGUUGUCGGGAAGUUCCUUGGUGAAGACAUUGGUGGAAAAUGGGCUGCCCUGGGAAUGGUGCUCACCGUCUCCGGAAUCACGCUCUGCAUUGCAAGUUCAGUGGGCAAGACAGAAUAAACAGCAGGACCCUG